GGGCGGGGAGAGCGGCGCAUGCGCCGUGGCGCUCCCGGAAGUGUCGGCGCGGCGGCGGCCGGGGCGGGAGCGCGGAGCGGAGCGGGGCGGGGAGCGCCGCCAUGGCGGGCUUCGACACCAACCCGUUCGCGGACCCGGUGGACGUGAACCCCUUCCAGGACCCCUCGGUGACACAGCUCACCAGCACGAGCCAGAGCGGCCUGGAUGAAUUCAACCCUUUCUCGGAGAGCUCCCAGCUGACAAAUGCGGCACGGACGACGCCCGCCACGCAGCCCGCCGGCCCCUCGCAGCCUGCCGUCCUGCAGACCUCAGUGGAGCCCACCCCGCAGGUGAGGCACGGCCCCGGGUGCUGCCUUCUGGGGGGGGGGGGGCAGCAGGGGGACGGGGGGGCUCCUGCUGUGCCCACCUGGGCUGGGGGAGGGCUUCUCGACCUUUCUCUCUCCCCCCUCUUUCAGGCUGUGGCCGCGGCGGCGCAGGCCGGGCUGCUGCAGCAGCAGGCAGAGCUGGAGAGGAAGGCGGCCGAGCUGGAGAAGAAGGAGAGGGAGCUGCAGAGCAACGCUGCCAGCAUCAACCCGAGGCAGAACAACUGGCCACCCCUGCCCAGGAGGUGCCCCAUCAAGCCCUGCUUCUACCAGGAUUUCUCCGCAGACAUCCCGGCCGACUACCAGCGGAUAUGCAAGAUGCUCUACUACCUGUGGAUGCUGCACUCGGUCACCCUGCUCCUCAACCUGCUCGCCUGCCUGGCGUGGUUCACGGUCCAGAAUGAAAGAGGCGUAGACUUCGGUCUCUCCAUCCUGUGGUUCGUUUUAUUCACUCCUUGUGCCUUCCUCUGCUGGUACCGACCGAUCUACAAGGCUUUCAGGUCUGACAGCUCCUUCAGCUUCUUCGUCUUCUUUUUCAUCUUCUUCUGCCAAAUCGCCAUCUACGUCAUCCAGGCUGUCGGCAUUCCUGGCUGGGGAGACAGUGGCUGGAUCGCGGCGCUGUCCGAGCUGCACGGGAACCUGGCCGUGGCCAUCAUCAUGAUGGUGGUGGCGGCGUUCUUCACGCUCUGCGCCGUCCUCUCGCUCUUCCUCCUCAAGCAGGUGCACUCCCUGUAUCGCCGCACGGGCGCCAGCUUCCAAAGGGCGCAGGAGGAGUUUUCCCAAGGCAUCCUCACCAACAGGAGCUUCCAGAACGCAGCGGCCGGGGCGGCCUCCUCGGCCGCACACGGAGCUUUCCGGGGGAAUUAGCCCCUCCUGGGGGGCUGCCCCCGCCUCGCCUCCCCUCCCGCCGUCGCCCCCACCUCCCUUUUCUACCGACGCACUUUCUGUGGGCACCACGCGAGCUCUGAGACGCCGACUCCAGCUGAGGAGAGGUCUGGUUUAGCUUCAGCUGGCCCAAGGUUGAUCACGGUUUCUUUUCCCUGGCCCGCUCGGGGGGGGCGUUUGUCUCCUCCUGCCCCCCCCAUCUGCGGCAGGGGGGCGAGGAGAAGCAGGAUUUUUGAUUUUACUUUCUCUCUUCUAUCAGCCUUUGCUCUGAACAACUUGAUGAUCUGCUGGUUUUGUUUUUUUUUUUUGGGGGGGGGGGGUUUGUAACUCGCAUGUAGCCUGUCGUUGAUUUUUUUAAGGGUGGGAGCUGCCCCCGCUGGGCUGCCACAGCCCCACGCUGCGUCCCCACCGCCCGCAGGGCACCAGCAGGAACCUGGGGGCUGUGGGGUCGGGGAGGGGGGGAAUUUCCCCGCCUCGUCCCCCCAUCACUGCCUCCUGCCAGCCCCGAGGCUGCGGACGGAUCCCCCUGCAGGGCCAGCUCCCAUUUUAUUUAAUUUUAACGGGGAAGAACUGGUUUCGUGCCUGGUUUUGGGGGAAUGGCAGGAUCCCCUCCUGCUGGGUGUGUCCUGGGGCCGUGCUCCCCCCCGCCCCCAGCCCCUUUCCACCUGUCCCCAGAUGUUGUAGGGAUUUGGGGCUUCCCCUCCCGAGCUCCUCGUUGCCCCCAAAUUCUCCAAAAUUUGCAGCUUUGAGCUGGAAGCUGCUGGUUGGGACACAGGGAGGUGUGCUGGUUGGGGGGGGGUUCUGUAAAAACAAGGGGGUGGGUAGCCCUGUGGUGAGUGCUUUUUUGGGGAAAAAAGGGGAAGAGCAGGGGGUGCUGGAGAGCCUUGAGGGUUUGAUUUCUGCCGUGAUGUUGGGGAUGGGGAAUUCUCCCUGCUGGGAAACCGCUCCCCCUGCUCCCUGGGGGGCUUGGGUUUGUUUUUCCUGGGUAAUAAAACCUGAUUUUUUUUGUAAAAGAAAAAAAAAAAAAAAAAAGUGAACAGCCAGCCCCUUUCUGGUGUUACUUUCCCCUUUUUCCUUGUCUGAUCUUUUCCCAGUAAAAAAAAGAGAAAAAAAAAUCAAUAUAAGGACGCGUCCCGUGAAAC